GCUCUCUCUCUCUCUCUCUCUCAGUUCACUCACUCACUCACUCAUUCACUCAUUCACUCAUUCGUAAUGGAGGAGGGAGGUGAAAAAGGGUCUCCCAACGGAGCAGACGAAGAGCGAGGAAGACUAUAUGAAGCGUACAACGAGCUUCACGGUCUAGCUCAGGAAUUCGAGACCCCAUUCGAGGCGCCGGCGGUGCUGGUGGUGGGCCACCAGACAGACGGCAAGAGCGCCCUCGUAGAAGCCCUAAUGGGGUUCCAGUUCAACCACGUCGGCGGCGGAACCAAGACGCGCCGCCCUAUCACCCUCCACAUGAAGUACAAUCCCGACUCUCACUCCCCUCUCUGUCACCUCCUCUCCGAUUCCGAACCCUUCCUCCCCCAACAAAAGUCCCUCCAAGAAAUCCAGGCAUACAUUGAAGCUGAAAACAUGAGGUUGGAGCAUGAGCCAUGUCAAUUCUCUGCUAAGGAAAUAAUAAUUAGAGUAGAAUAUAAAUAUUGUCCAAACCUCACCAUUAUAGACACUCCUGGACUUAUUGCUCCUGCUCCUGGUCGAAAAAAUCGAUCUUUACAGGGCCAAGCUCGAGCAGUGGAUUCUCUAGUACGAGCUAAAAUGCAGCAUAAGGAGUUUAUCAUAUUAUGCCUUGAAGAUUGUAAUGACUGGAUAAAUGCAACAACACGGAGGGUGGUAAUGCAAAUCGAUCCUGAGCUGUCAAGGACUGUGAUAGUCUCAACAAAGCUUGAUACAAAAAUACCUCAGUUUGCACGUGCUUCGGAUGUGGAAGUUUUUCUUUCACCACCUGCAAGUACACUUGAUGGCUUCAUGUUGGGAGACUCACCCUUUUUCACAUCUGUGCCUUCGGGAAGAGUUGGUCCUGGACAUGAAUCAGUUUAUCAAUCAAAUGAAGAAUUUAAACAGGCUAUUUCUUUGAGAGAGAUGGAAGAUGUAGCCUCCUUGGAGGAGAAGUUGGGUCGACCACUCUCAAAGCAGGAAAGAAGUAGGAUAGGUGUGAGCAGCCUCAGGCUGUUCUUAGAGGAAUUGCUACAGAAAAGGUAUAUGGAUAGUGUUCCAUUGAUCAUUCCACUUCUUGAAAAAGAAUAUAGGAGCACAACAAGAAAGCUAAAUGAAAUAAAUGUGGAACUCAGCACUUUUGAUGAAGUAAAAUUGAAGGAGAAAGGAAGAGCUUUCCACGAUCUGUUUCUGACCAAGUUGUCACUGCUACUGAAAGGGACAGUCGUUGCACCCCCAGAUAAAUUUGGGGAAGCACUACAAGAUGAGAGGAUUAAUGGAGGGGCAUUCAUAGGCACUGAUGGUCUUCAAUUUCCACACAAGCUAAUACCUAAUGCGGGAAUGCGUCUUUAUGGGGGUGCUCAAUAUCACCGUGCAAUGGCUGAAUUCCGUUUUGUUGUUGGAGGAAUCAAAUGCCCUCCAAUUACACGCGAAGAAAUUGUAAAUGCAUGUGGAGUUGAAGAUAUUCAUGAUGGAACAAAUUAUUCUAGAACAGCUUGUGUGAUUGCUGUUGCAAAGGCUCAUGAUACAUUUGAACCUUUUCUUCAUCAGUUGGGAUUUAGACUCUUGCACAUUUUGAAGAGAUUGCUUCCCAUCUCUGUCUAUCUUCUUCAGAAAGAAGGUGAAGUUUUAAGUGGUCAUGACGUAUUUCUAAGGCGUGUUGCAUCUGCUUUCAACAAUUUUGCAGAAUCCACUGAACGAUCAUGCCGUGAAAAAUGUUUGGAGGAUUUAAUGAGCACCACACGAUAUGUGACUUGGUCCCUCCACAAUAAGAAUCGGGCUGGAUUACGUCAUUUCUUAGACUCAUUUGGUGGAACAGAGCAGUCUACUACAGGUGGCAAUUCUGCAUCCCCUGGUCUUUCUCAUGAGUCAUCAUUUGGGUCAAUGGCCAAUGACAAGCACGACACUAAGCAGAGGUCAGAUAUAAAACUCAGUCAUUUGGCCUCAGGCAUCGACUCCAGCACCAGUAUGCAGACAACAGAGAUGAGGCUAGCUGACCUUUUAGAUAGCACGCUUUGGAACAGGAGGCUUGCUCCUUCAUCUGAAAGGAUUGUAUAUGCUUUGGUACAACAGAUAUUCCAUGGCAUUAGAGAAUAUUUUCUGGUUUCUGCAGAAUUAAAGUUCAACUGCUUUCUUCUAAUGCCGGUUGUAGACAAGUUGCCUGCACUUCUUCGGGAGGACUUAGAAUCUGCAUUUGAAGAUGAUAUGGACAAUGUUUUUGACAUUACUAAUCUGCGGCAUUCGUUGGGGCAACAGAAACGAGAAACAGAAAUUGAGCUGAAACGGAUACAAAGGCUUAAAGAAAAAUUCAGACAGAUCCAUGAGCAGCUUAAUUUGCAUCAGGUCAUGUCGAGGACAUAGCUAGUGACUCUGAAUCCUACUGAAUACAUGUUGAUGUGAAAUGGACAUUUAUCAUCCCAACUACAGAUAAGAAUGAAAUGUGUGAGAUAUGAUUCUUUACUUAUUUCUUCUUUUGCUCAAAUUAUCUAUUUUGCUGCCUUGAAAGAAGAGUUAUUUUGGUAGCAGUAUUAGACUCCUUGUACCUUGUACCUUGUACCUUAGUUUAAAAAUAAUAUAUUUUUGUGUCUGUUUACUUGGCCAUAA